AUGAAUGUUUACAGGUACAAGAAUGAUUUGUUUUUCAAGAUAUUACGCAACUUUUACGUUAAAAAGAGGGCAUUAGUGUUGGCACUUGUGAGACGACUAAUUAUUAACAUCCGAAGCAUCUCGAAAGGCUCGAUUCGUGUUUUCAAAGCUAUUUUCCUUCAAAGAUCCACAAUAUUUAUCUUUUCCGUUGCGUACUUGAGUGAAGUGUUGCCGAAACUAUUUAGGGUUGUAACAACCAGCGUCUUGGAGCUAAAAGUGAGGAAUCUACCUCGAGAUAUUGCACAGACAUUGAUACUUCCCUUGAAAUCGGAUAAACUUUCCAUGUUUUUAAUUCGCCUAACUGCAACCAUGAAUGUUUUGAACCCUUUAUUUACCAAGAUCCUUAUUCCCUUUUGCAAUGAACAAAACACUUGGAGUAUUCCAUUUGUUUCCAGUUUCCUAGCGGCUUUGACGUCUUCUCUUUUGAAUUUUCCCGAAUUUCAAAAGCAACGUGUUUUAAAAGAUCGAUAUUAUACUUUUGAUUGGACUCUUAUUCUAGUCACAAAGGCUCUUGACACAAUCAUAUCGUCCACUGUUCCAAAAUUUAUUGAUUUACCAAGUAGAACAAGCAAAGUAAUCGAUUCCUUAUUGGUGAUGCUGUCUAUUUAUUUUUUAAUGGAUGCCUGGUUCUUUAAUACAGAGAAAUUGAAUCCAUCAUACCUGAAAAGGUUGAAUAAAAUGUCGCAUAUUGACGAGGAUUUGCUAGCGGGAAUGAGAUAUUUGCGUGAUGGUUAUUUGGAUUAUAAACCCAACUCUCAACUUUCCCACCAGGACCACUUUAUCAAGUUUGCAGAAAAGUACUCAAAAGAUCCAAAAUUGGGUGAUUUGACAAUUCAGGAGAAGUUACCUUGCGUGGUGUUACAUCAGUUUGUCAGCGAAAGUUGUUUGCAAAAUGCAUUUUACAAAUUCAUGAUGCAAUUCAGAACGGCCCUCAAAUUCUAUGGUUCAAUCAACUUGUUUGUAUACAUAUUGGUAAAGAAAUUGUAUGCAAGUCCUAUUGCCAUGCUAAUAAAAACGGUGAAAUAUUCUCUCUUUUUAAGCUCAUUGACAACUAUCCAAUGGUCUUGUAUUUGUUUAGUAAGAAACUAUCAUCCAAACAUAUAUGAUCAAAAAUUCUGGGAUCUACUUGGUCCACGAAUUGGUGCUGCCUUGGCUGGUAUGGGGAUUUGGUUUGAGACUGGAAAGAGAACAAGUGAUUUGCUUAUGAUUCUAGCUCCUAAAGCAUUAGGCACUUUUUUCGAUUCCACGCCAACCAUGAAAAAUUUGAGAUUCGAAUCUUUGGCAUUUAGCUUGAGUUUCGCUACAUUGGUGGUUUAUGCGAGACUGAAUCCAAAAAGACUAAGAGGUUUAAUUGGUCGGGGAUUUAGCUAUAUGAUCAAAUGA